AUGAAUCCACAAGAGAUUUCAAUACCGGUUCCUUGGGGAAAUAUUGCUGCCAAAACUUGGGGCCACUGUUCUGACGCCCGAGUACUCUGUCUCCAUGGGAUACAGGAUAACUGCGGUACGUUUGACAAGCUUAUCCCGUUGCUCCGUCGAGGAUUUUAUUACGUGUGCGUGGACACGCCGGGGCACGGGCGGUCAUCGCAUUAUCCACCUGGUUUCCGGAUUACGUUGGAGUGUUACGUGUUGGCCGUCAAGCGGGUCGUCGACCACCUGAAAUGGGACCGAUUCAAGUGUAUCGGACACAGCAUGGGUGGCAUGAUCGCCAGUCUGUUCACGUCCCUGUACCCAGAACACGUCGCCAGCCUAGUGAUGAUUGACUGUGCAGGCCCGAUGCUCGUGCAUGCGCAGGACACUGUCAAGUGGCUGAGAAUGGUGGGCGAUGGUCUGCUGACGAUCGAGAGAAAAAUUUCUAGUGGGUCGCCACCAUCGUACACCCGUGAACAGGCCAUCGACGUGCUGAUGACGAAACGGCCGUCCAAGUUGACCAGAAGUUCGGCGAACGUGCUCGUUGAACGGUCCCUGGUGGACCGCCCGGACGGACGUUAUGCGUUUAGCAUGGAUCAGAGGCUCAAAGUGCACUACAACCAGACGUUCACUCCGAUUCAGUACAUGGCCAUAGUAAACAGCAUCCAGUGUCCCGUUUUAAAUUUGCGUGCCACGGACAACCCUCUGCAAAAGGAUCCAAGAGUUAAACUGUCGAGGAAGAUUUACAAGUCCAAUCCGAAUGUCCGUAUGGUCAAAGUAAACGGGAAUCACGACGUACACUUGAACCAUCCAGAAAGGAUAGCUGAUUUGAUCAAUACAUUUCUACUGUCCGAACGCAGCAAACUUUAA